UGUCCCGGCGAGGUUGGAUCACCUGCAAUCUGCGGCGAAAGACAGCGGGUGAUCUCCUGGGGCGGGAGUGGUGUGCAGGACUGCGCCUGAUUCUUGGGGCUGGGCUCCCCCGUCUUCUCGCUCUAUUAGGCGAGAACGGGAAGAUCCUCAGAAUUUCAAAGAGGAAGUGACAGCGGCGGAUUGCCAGAAUCGGUCAGAUCCCUGCCCAGGGAUCUGGAGGGGUCGCAGCCUCUUAUUCCCGACGAGGGGGAGCCGUGGGGGAUAGGGGUGUCCAGUUGUAAUCCCUGGACCCGGGAUUGAGGGCCCAGAGACCUGGCACCAUGGCGUCCAUCCUGGAUGAAUACGAGGACUCCCUGUCCCGCUCGGCCGUCUUGCAGCCUGGCUGCCCCACCGUGGGCAUUCCCCACUCGGGAUAUGUGAAUGCCCAACUAGAGAAGGAAGUACCCAUCUUCACGAAGCAGCGCAUCGACUUUACCCCUUCUGAGCGCAUCACCAGUCUUGUUGUCUCCUGCAAUCAACUCUGCAUGAGCCUGGGCAAAGACACACUGCUCCGCAUUGACCUGGGUAAAGCAAAUGAACCCAACCACAUGGAGCUGGGACGCAAAGAUGACGCCAGAGUUCACAAGAUGUUCCUUGACCAUACUGGCUCUCACCUGCUGAUUGCUCUGAGCAGCACUGAGGUCCUCUAUGUGAACCGUAAUGGACAGAAGGUUCGGCCACUGACACGCUGGAAGGGGCAGCUGGUGGAGAGUGUGGGUUGGAACAAGUCACUGGGCACUGAAAGCAGCACAGGCCCCAUCUUGGUUGGCACUGCCCAAGGCCAGAUCUUUGAAGCAGAACUCUCAGCCAACGAGGGUGGACUUUUUGGCCCUGCUCCGGAUCUCUACUUCCGCCCGCUGUAUGUGCUAAAUGAAGAAGGAGGUCCAGCACCCGUGUGCUCUCUGGAGGCGGAGCGGGGCCCGGAUGGCCGUGGCUUUGUUAUUGCUACCACUCGCCAGCGCCUCUUCCAAUUUAUAGGCCGAACAGCAGAGGGGGCUGAGAGCCAGGGCUUCUCGGGGCUCUUUGCUGCCUAUGCUGACCACCCACCCCCAUUCCGUGAGUUCCCCAGCAGUCUGGGCUACAGUGAGUUGGCCUUCUAUACCCCCAAGUUGCGCUCUGCACCUCGGGCUUUUGCCUGGAUGAUGGGGGAUGGAGUGUUGUAUGGUUCAUUGGACUGUGGGCGUCCUGACUCCCUGCUGAGUGAAGAACGAGUCUGGGAAUAUCCAGAGGGGGUAGGUCCAGGAGCCAGCCCACCCCUGGCCAUCGUCCUGACCCAGUUCCACUUCCUGCUGCUGCUGGCAGACCGGGUGGAGGCCGUGUGUACGCUGACAGGGCAGGUGGUGCUGCGGGAUCACUUCCUAGAGAAAUUUGGGCCACUGAAACACAUGGUAAAGGACUCCUCCACGGGCCACCUGUGGGCCUACACCGAGCGGGCUGUCUUUCGCUACCAUGUUCAGCGGGAGUCCCGAGAUGUUUGGCGCACUUACUUGGACAUGAACCGUUUUGACCUGGCCAAAGAGUAUUGUCGAGAGCGGCCUGACUGCCUGGACACAGUGCUGUCUCGAGAGGCCGAUUUCUGCUUUCGCCAGCGUCGUUACCUGGAGAGCGCCCGCUGCUAUGCCCUGACCCAAAGCUACUUUGAGGAGAUUGCUCUCAAGUUCUUGGAGGCCCGACAGGAAGAGGCACUGGCUGAAUUUUUACAGCGUAAACUAGGCGGUUUGAAGCCGGCUGAGCGUACGCAGGCCACACUGCUUACUACCUGGCUGACAGAGCUCUACUUGAGCCGACUUGGGGCUCUGCAGGGUGAUCCAGAGGCCCUGACCCUCUACCGGGAGACACGGGAGCGCUUCCGGGACUUCCUCAGCAGCCCUCGCCACAAGGAGUGGCUCUUUGCCAGCCGGGCCUCCAUCCACGAGCUGCUGGCCAGCCAUGGGGACUCAGAACACAUGGUGUACUUUGCUGUGAUCAUGCAGGACUAUGAGCGAGUGGUGGCUUACCACUGCCAGCAUGAGGCUUACGAGGAGGCCCUGGCUGUGCUUGCCCGCCAUCGUGACCCCCAGCUCUUCUACAAAUUUUCACCCAUCCUCAUCCGCCACAUCCCCUGCCAGUUAGUGGAUGCCUGGAUUGAGUUGGGCAGCAGGCUGGAUGCCCGGCAGCUCAUCCCUGCCCUGGUGAACUACAGCCAAGGUGGUGAGGCCCAACAAGUCAGCCAGGCCAUACGCUACAUGGAGUUCUGCGUGAAUGUGCUGGGUGAGACUGAGCAGGCCAUUCACAACUACCUGCUGUCGCUGUAUGCCCGCGGCCAACCUGCCUCUCUGCUGGCCUAUCUCGAACAGGCCGGAGCCAGCCCACACCGUGUGCAUUACGACCUCAAGUAUGCACUUCGGCUCUGUGCUGAGCAUGGCCACCACCGUGCCUGUGUCCACGUCUACAAAGUUCUGGAGCUGUAUGAGGAGGCUGUGGAUCUGGCCCUGCAGGUAGACGUGGACCUGGCCAAACAAUGUGCAGACCUGCCCGAGGAAGAUGAGGAACUGCGCAAGAAGCUGUGGCUGAAGAUCGCACGGCAUGUGGUGCAGGAGGAGGAAGAUGUGCAGACAGCCAUGGCCUGCCUGGCCAGCUGCCCCCUGCUCAAGAUUGAGGAUGUGCUCCCCUUCUUUCCUGACUUCGUCACCAUUGACCACUUCAAGGAGGCUAUCUGCAGUUCCCUUAAAGCCUACAACCACCACAUCCAGGAGCUACAGCGAGAGAUGGAAGAGGCCACAGCCAGUGCCCAGCGCAUCCGGCGAGACCUGCAGGAGCUGCGCGGUCGCUACGGCACUGUGGAGCCCCAGGACAAAUGUGCCACCUGCGAUUUCCCCCUGCUCAAUCGUCCUUUUUACCUUUUCCUCUGUGGCCACAUGUUCCAUGCUGACUGUUUGCUGCAGGCCGUGAGGCCCGGCCUGCCUGCGUACAAGCAGGCCCGGCUUGAGGAGCUACAGCGAAAGCUGGGGGCUGCUCCACCUCCCACUAAGGGCUCUUCCCGGGCCAAAGAGGCUGAGGGAGGGGCUGCCCCUGGGGGUCCCAGCCGGGAGCAGCUCAAAGCUGACCUGGAUGAACUGGUAGCUGCUGAGUGCGUGUACUGUGGGGAACUGAUGAUCCGCUCUAUUGACCGGCCCUUCAUCGACCCCCAGCGCUAUGAGGAGGAGCACCUCAGUUGGCUGUAGAAAGGUGUUGUGCCUGACUCGUGGGCUGGUAAUGGGGGGCAGCUACUUGCCCCCACUUAUUAAGGCUGUACUGUAGUGUGUGGACAGUCAUCUGGAGACUGCUGAACGUGGCUGUGUGGGGACAGUGGAAUUACAGCUGUCGCCCAUGAAGUGUCUGCUGUGAGUGCAUUUGCCAGCUGCCUGUGCUGUGCUUCACACCUGCCUUAGAAUUGCUGUCACACCAGCCCGUCAGCCUGCCCCCCAGUAAGGGCCUGAGCCUUGAAAAGUGAGAAAUCCAACCCCAUACCAGUCCUCUAUCUAACAGCUCCUUUUUCCUUCCACUCCCAACAUAUAUCCACUUUAUCUUCUAGAAUGAGAAUCUCAUUGUUCCUUUUCACUCUGGCUCCCUUCUGUCUGCCUUUGGUCCUAGAAUCGAAGAGGUAGCCCCUGCAAGUCUGGGGUAUGAGGGUACUGAUGGUGGUUGUGUGAGGGAUACUGGGGAAGAGGGCCUCAUGGAUGACAGUGGGAGUAGAGAGCAUUAAACUGCACUGCCCUGGUGGCUCUGGAACUGAUGGUGUGUUGGCUGCAGGGC